AUUGAGUGCCAAAGCUAUCGGCCCAUCAGUUCAUGUUCUUUUUACUUUUCAAGCUAGAAACUGUGCUGCUGUGUCCAGUCCAGUGGUAGUCGUGAUUUCAAGAUCAUUAAUCCACAGAGAACAGCAGGUAAAUCUACGUUGUUUCAUUCUUCAAACAGUUUGCGUUGCUACCCAAUUGUUGUUUUUAUCAAGACUAGAUACAGCGGUGUGACAACGCCGCGUAGUUAUUUCCCGCUCAUAUAUAAAACAAGCUUGCAAGAAGUGCCGACCGGUAAAAGAGUGAAACAAAGUGAUUCGCUGUUAGACGCGCGUAUCCACCAACCUGUCUACCUGUACGACAUUUUGCGAAAAGAAAGGCAACAGAGAAAAAAGUAAGUUGCUCAGCGGAAAUGCUGCCGAACGCGACUACACAGUAUUCCUCAAUUUUCCUAGUGAGAGUAAUUUAAUGGCAGAUGCUAGCAGCAGACGACACGCUUUGCAUGCAGUUUUUGGUGGAGGGUGUUCUUUCUUUCUAUUGUGUAUUUAAAGUGAUGUGAGUGCAAAGACUGCGGAGUGCGCGAUUUUCCUCACGCGCGCCAUUAUGGAUACUACAUAGUAUAUACCUGUAUUAUAUAUAAAGUUUGAAUGUUACAUCACCGUAUGUAUUCGAUAUUCGAUCGCCUUUUAAAAGUUCAAGCAAAAUAAUAACAAUAAAAGAUUAGGCUAACUAGCCAAAAAUUGUUGUAGAAAAAAAUCGUAUAGACUGAUUUUACAACAGGAUUACAUUCUUCCAUCUAGUGGACAAUGUUCCUGUACAUAUUGAGUUUAUUCUUCUUGUUAUCAUGCACGGCGGCAGGACAAUUCUCAGGAGGCUUCAAUCUCAUCUCAGCACCUCAAAUCACAUUUCCACAUCAUGCAGGGUUCGGUACGCCCAGGAUUCUUCCAGGUACAUCAAACGACGUUACUUUCACUCAACACCCACACAACUACGUUGAUCAACAUCCCGCCGUAGUGGAAAACAGCAUUCGCGAGGCUGAGCUCCCACCCCAUCUGCUCAACCCCUUCUACAAAAACCCCGCUAUAGCCUCAGCGCUGGCGAAAGAAUCCUGGUUCACCAACAAGGAAUUCCCGGUUCAUCACCGGGAAGCUGAGAGGAUCCCCAGGGAAGAGAUAUUCAAGAUAAUUUCCAGGUUACAACACUAAUUGUAUUUCGAUGAACAUCUCUCUAUAUUAACCAAUAUUGAGAUCCACAUUUCAACUGAUUCUAUUAUAGUAACCGAAAACAGCAUUAUUUCAAAUUAUGUAGAAUAUCGCAAACAUGGGGGAAUGUUGUUAAAUCUUGAAGGGAGAGUAGCAUAACACAUCGUAUGCCAUUACCAGCGCGACGACAGGUUAGCAGUAUUGUACAGGGAGUUACGCCGUUUUGGUACCAGACUAUAGUCAUUUUGAACGUCUAUUGUAAAUUCGCGAUUUCUCUAAUAGAAUGUUGUUCUUACUAUUUUCACCUUGUACCACCUAAAUCAAGUCUUUUUCUUUAAAAUUAUCAGGGUGUGAUCUUGGAAUAGUCCAAAGAGACACCCCAAAAAUUGAUUCCCUAUGUUUGUGUUAUACCCUGUAUAUGAAUAACCGAAAUCGGUCUUAAGGCAACAAUACGAAUUUAUAAGUUUUUAGCAAUUGCCGGCCGAGAAUGUAGUCAAUAUUUUGAUAAUGAUGGAGGUAUUGACUCUUUUCUAUUUUUAUAAACUACAAACACAAGACUAUCCGAAGUUUGAAAUAGGCAGACAUUCUAUAAAUUAACUGUUUAAUUGCAACUCACUAGACAAGAACAAUUAAUCUCUGGAAAUCAUAUAAAACGGUCUACUUGAUUAUGAGCCGAAUGGAUGAAUGCUGUAUGUGGGAGCAUUUAUUGAAAUUUUUGUUUAGCGAUGUAUCCGAAUUUUUUAAUGUUUAGGCAGAAUACGUUCAGUAAAGUAAAACUUUACAAUUUACAAAAAUAAAUUCAACUUUGGAAAUCGAACAAAACAUUUUAUUUUGUUAGCUUUUACAUUCAUUAAUUUUCUAUGCAACUUCAAACCCGAAUGGCAUGGUAUUACUUAUACGGUAGUGCGUCAUUCAUAAUAUUAUUUCAAAGUUGCAAAAGAUUCAACCGUUUUAUGGGAUAUAUUCCUAUGAACUUCAAUGCGGUUAUAUAGAACCGACAGCUAUUUGAAUUGUUAGCUUUAUUUAUUUUACGCCAGUGGACAUCAGACUGUAAAUAUUGUAAAGAAUAAAGUAGAUAAUAUUUAACUUUACAAGCUUUAAUGAAAAUGGUAUGUAUAUAUUAUUUAUAUUGUUGGCUUUGUGUAAAAUGGAUUUUUGUUUAUUUUUAUACGUAGAUAGAUUUAGUUUCUAAUUUUCAUACAUCCUAAUAAAUAGUUUUCCA